AUGUCAAAUCAAAACAGUUCUGCUGCUGGAUAUGUGAAACUACCAACAGUUCAGACAGGAAUUUCUGCUCAAGCGGUCAGAGAAACAGAUAGUCAUGAUUCAUCAAGCAUUACUCUCAUGGCUCCUACAGCCACACUGGAAACGACAUACACUCACAAAUCAGCCUUCAAACGAUAUUCUGCAUCUUUUCGGAGUUUGAUACCAAUAAGAAAGAAGCCAAGGGUUGCUGAGCGACUGCCUGUGGAUAAAAUUGGUCUUAUAUCAAUGAUAUCAUUCCAAUGGGUAACACCAUUUCUGUUGAAGGCACAGAAAGCACUGGCUUUACAGACAGUGUCUGCAGAGGAUUCAAGUAAAAAAAUGGGAGAAAGGUUUUAUGACCUUAAUUGGAAUGCUGUCGUUAACAGAGGCAUUGAAAACUACUCCAUGGUAUAUGUAAUAUGGAAGUUUAUUCAAACAAGAGCACUGGUGGCCAUGUUCCUUUUUCUUGUUGGAACUUCUAUCCAUAUUAGUGGCUUGGUCUCUUUCUUGAUAACAUCAACUGGCAAGAAUAACAUUCCAGAGAAGACCACUACAAAAUCACCCAUAAAUGGGCUGAUGGCAGAUGAGUCAGCUACCCUUCAGUCUUCUUCAGCUAAUAUUUAUGCUGCUUUUGGUUAUGCUUUAGCUGAGUUUUUCUCAUCAAUAUUUAUCUCAUGGAGCUGGAGCAUGAAUUACAGGACUGCUGUUAGAGUACAGUCAGCUGUAACAUACUUUUUAUACAAAAAGAUGAUGACAGCAAGCUGUAUAAAUGUGAUAUCUACACAACAGAUCUCAAGUUUUUGUGGAGUUGAUUCAGAAAAACUCUUUAAUGCAGUUCUCUACACACCUUUAGUACUGUCUGCUCCUUUGGUAUUUAUUUUCUGUUCGUGUGGAAUGCUUUCUUUGUUAUUUACUUGGAAGAAAGUAACUUUCCUCAUAUUGAGUGGUAUCAUCAGCUUCUGUGUAAUGACAGCAGUUUCACAAGCAAGAGCACUUUCAGCUGCCAAAGCAGAACAGUUGUCAUCAAGUCGAGUCUCUGAACUGAAAGAUAUGUUGCAAAACAUGAAACUUGCUAAGAUGGUCCAAUGGGAAACCGUAGUGUUCAACAAUUUCAGAGCAACAAGAAAAGAGGAACUUCGAUAUGUAAAAGAAUCUUACAUUUGGAAUACUAUUGGAAUAUCUCUUGUUCAUACCAUUCCAAUCAUGUCUGCAUCAACAUUGCUGCUGUUCAGAAGCUUGUUUAAUGUUCCUUCAUACAUGGUCUUGGGAGCAUUGUUUCUGGCAUUUAUUCCCUUGAAGACAUCCCUUCAUCAUUUCUGGACAGGGAUAUCAUACAUAAAGAGUGCUGAAAUAUCACUUUCAAGACUGAAGGAAACUCAGCUAUUGCCAACAAUAAUACAAAAUGUUAACAGAGGCAUAGAUCAGCAGGUUGCUGUUUCUGUUAAUAAAAUAUCCUGUGAGUGGCUGCCAGUGUCUGAUACUUCUCACCAGAAGAAUGAAAAUGGAAACAUUACUGCAAAUUGGUGUUGUGGAGUACUUCGUAGUAGACAUGAAGAUUUAAAUAUGACAAGAACAAAUUCAUUAAUUUUGGAAAACAUCAGUCUUAUUGCUGAAAAGGGAAGCAUUAUAGGAUUAUGUGGUGAACCAGGGUCUGGUAAAACAGCGCUUCUUAUGGCUAUACUAGGACAGCUAAAGAUAGCAAGUGGAUCUGGACAUAUUACAAGAAAUGGUUUUUGUGCAUAUGUGAAGCAAAACCCUUGGAUGUGGGAUGCAACUUUACGUGAUAAUAUAGUAUUCAUGGAAGAAUUUAAACGUGAUAGGUACUACAAUGCAGUUUACAGCUGCCUUCUGAGUAGUGUAUUACAAAACCUAGCUGCAGAAGAUGAAACAGCAAUUGCAAAUGAAACUCUAUCUAUGGGUGUUCAACAGAGAAUAGAACUAGCUCGUGCUGUUUAUUCCAACAGGGACAUAUACCUCAUAGAUGAACCUCUAACAAUGGUGGACCCAAAUACACGAAGAACUGUGUUUGAGAAAGCAAUUUUGACAGCCCUUAAUGGAAAAACUGUCUUUAUAGCCACAAAACUUACAACGUUUCUUACCCGAUGUGACAUCAUAUAUGUCUUGAAAAAUGGAAAGAUAAUUGCGAGCGGACAACAUGAACAACUAAUAAAUUCUUGUAAUUAUUAUGCAGAUUUGCUGACACUUUAUAUGGACAGCACACAAAAUAUUCAGGGGCUCCAGAGCUAUGACAGUGUUUCAACAUUGUCAUCUGAUGUAUUCAAGACAUCAAGCAACCUGAACAGCAGUUUGAGCAGUGUCACAACAGCAUGUGAUGAUGAAGUUGCAGCACUCACUGGUGAAGGUCCUGAAUCUGAAGAAAUUGUUUUCAAGAACAACUUAUCAACUUACCUCCUUUCUGGAAAACAACGUAGCUGUCAUGCCUUUUUGGCAUGUGGAUUAGUAAUACAAUUAGUCUGUUUUCUAUCCAUAAUCACAGCACUUCUCCUCUUCAUUCUUAAAUUUGAAGCAAACUUUUUCAGUACUCUAAAUCCAGAUGUAUUCUAUGGUAUUAUUGCUUCCAUCACCAUCCUUAUAACUGCAGCCUUCCUGGGAGCAGCUUUUUCAUUUCUUAAGGUGACGGGAGCUGUAUCAACUGAAACAAGUCUUUCCUGGAUGAAAAAGAUCUGUGACACAUACAUAACAUGUAUACAAAAGGAAACUACAACAUCCAUUCUGAACUGGUUUUCAUUGCACUUGCACAACAUUGACACAUGGGUGCCAGAGUCUCUCAUCAGUAUUACUGGAAACAUUGUGUUGCUUCUGGGUAUUCUUACAUUAUUGGCAUAUGUAUUUACAUGGAUUCUGCUACCCUUUUUCGUAGCUUGUGUCUUUGGAUUUUUUGGUUAUAGGAUCUAUCUGAUGGCCCUUCCAAAUUUCCACAAACUGGAAACAGAAUCUUCAUCAAAUUUAAAUGCAUUUAUGACUUCCACGAUUGAGGGAAGAACAUCAGUUCAGUCAUAUUCAAAAGAAAAUGACUUUAUCUACAGUUUUGUGAAACAAAAUGACCAGAAGGCUGCAAGUGUAUACCUAAUAAAAGCUACCUCUGGAUGCAUUUCAUUCUGGAUAAGUAUGCUGAAAGUGCUGCUCAUCACGUUGGUGAUGUUAAUGAUUGCUCUGAUGAGAAAUCAUGAAGUGCUCAUAAUUAGUGCCCACAAACUCACAGCAACUACCGUGGGUUUCAUUUUUAUAUGUAUUAAUCUGCUCAGCACCGUCAUACAGAAUUUAACACAGGACAUAGCAGAAUAUCUCCAGUAUUUCAAAUAUUUUGAAGCUAAUUCUAAACUUCAGAAUAUUGAUGUGGUACCAACUAACAACAAAUCAGCAUAUACAUUGGCAGAAGAAGGAAGUAUAUUCUUCCACAAUGUGAAAUUAAAAUUCUGGCCUCCAGGGCAUAAAGCACUAACUUUCAAAAUAAAGAGCAAUCAGAAGAUUGGCAUUUUUGGCUACCCUGAUGCUGGAAGAAAGUCCAUAGGAGCAGCUCUGUAUCGUCUGGUAGAAUUAUCUGAAGGACGCAUCUUCAUUGGAGGAGUGAACAUUGAAAAAAUUCCUCUGAGUGUUCUCAGAUCCAAAAUCGCAGUUGUACCACACAACCCUAUUCUGUUCAGGGGAACUAUAAGAUCAAAUCUCAUUGACAACAAUGACAGCAGUAUUUGUAAUGUAUAUGAAGCACUGGAAGCAGUUGGGAUGAGAGAAAAAGUAGAGGAGUUGCCUGAGCAGGCUGAAACAGCAGUGCAAACGGGCACCAACUUAUUCACCACAGGGGAAUGUCAGUUACUAUAUUUGGCAAGAGCAAUUCUCAGUAACCCCAAGAUCUUAAUAGUAGAAGAACCUUUGGUUCCCAUAAACAAAAACAUUCAUCGCAAGCUUCAAGAGGUCAUAGAAACUGCAUUUCAAAAAACAACGGUGAUAACAAUAGCACAGCACUUUAAAUUUGUUGAGUACUGUGACAAAUUGUUGCUCAUUAAAGAUGGACAGGUUGUUGAAUAUGAUACUCCUGCUCGACUACUUAGAAAUCCCAGAUCAGCUCUCUCUGCCAUGAUAACAGAAACUGAACUUUAAUCAAAAACAGAAAAUUCUAAAUACAUGUCAAAGAACUAACAUAAUUAAUGUAUAGUGUAACAUGUUUUCUAAAACUACGUGAGCAGUAAAACAUUCCUCAAAAUUUAGUGCAACAGUCUUCAUGACAAAUGUGUAGAUUAAUAUAUGUAGAUUCCAGACAUACUACAUAACAAAUAAGCAACUUAAGACAAUAUCUGUGUAACAGGUAAUGCAAAUAAUUUUCUUGUGUACAUUAUAAAUGGUCUGGCUGUGCUACUGCUGAC